CUUUCCUUUUUCUUCCUCUCUCCUUUGGUUGAGGAAGCUGAGGACGUCUUUUGAAAAUGGCUGGUGGCUGUAUUAUGGACAUGCUGCCUGCCUGUGUGCGGCAAGGCUACACAGGAGAUGUUCUCAUCCUCCUGGGAUUAAUCUACGGUGGAUAUCUGACCUACAAUGCCCUUUUGCAAUUCACCAGAUUUAUGAGGAAUUACGUUCUGUCCUCAACUGCACACAUACGCAAGCUGGGGGAAUGGGCGGUGGUGACUGGCGCGACGGACGGCAUUGGCAAGGCGUAUGCCGAGGAAUUCGCACGCUGCGGCCUGAACGUGUUCCUGAUUAGCCGGACGCAGUCCAAGCUGGACCAAUGCGCCGCCGAGCUUGCAGAGAAAUUCCCGGAUCGCGAGUUUCGCACAUUAGCACUGGAUUUCUCUGGCGGUGCGGAAGUGUACGGCCCUCUGCAGACUGUGCUGCCAGAGCUGGACGUGGGCGUGCUGGUGAACAACGUUGGCAUGGGAUAUGAUUACCCCAUGCCCUACCAUGAGGUCAGUGAGGACCUUGCUGCUCGCAUGGUGAAUGUCAACGUGCUCUCCAUGGCAAUGAUGACACGCAUCGUUCUACCGGGCAUGGUGGAGCGUCAUCGUGGAGCUAUCGUGAACGUCGGCUCUGCCAGUGGUCUUGUACCCACCCCGUUCCUGGCUCUGUACGGCGGAUCGAAGGCAUUUGCCGACUUUUUCACGCGCGCCAUGGAGGCUGAAUAUGCUGGCAAAGGUGUAACCUUCCAAUCCGUGAUGCCUUUCUUCGUUGCCACGAAACUGGCCAAGAUCCGCAGACCUCGCAUCGAUGCACCAUCGCCGACAACAUUCGUUCGCUCAGCCAUUCGCACCAUUGGUGUGUCAUCUCGCACUCAGGGUUACUGGGUCCACUCAUUGAUUGCGUGUCUGGCUUACCGCAACUUGCCAGGCUUUGCCCUGACCCGACUCAUCUCCAACACGAAUAGCAACCUGAGAAAGGUAGCUCUGCGCAAGAAGGAGAAGGCCGCCACCGAGAAGAAGGCCGAAUAGUGGUGUGUGCACGCGCACCUACACACACACACACACACACACACACACACACACACACACACACACACACACACACACACACACGCGCGCAUUUUCUUGCAGCAUAUGGGCUGUUACUGUCGAAGUCCUGCAUAGAUGAAGAGACAGCUCAGUGCUGGCACUGCUGCUGCAUGUGCGACUGUUCCGUGCAUUCAUACUUCUCUGCACAUAACCUGCUGUAAUUACUGAAAGACGUCAUGUCAAUAUAACAAGCAAGUAAAUCUACUCUUCAACGAGUUGA